AUGUCUGAUAGAAGUGUCACGGGUACCAGCACGCCACAUCCAGCUUCGGCGGCAGAGCAACUCGGUGAUCUUCUCACAAUCAACCGUGACGCACUCACUACUCUAGCCGUUGAAGUCCGCCGAAAGCAAACCAUAGACACAUUUACGACUGCGAGUGUGCUUUCCUGUCACAAAGGCAGUCGUAAUGUGAUUCAUGUGGUGGAAUUCGACGACCAGAUGCGUUAUAUCAUCCGCCUACCCAUCAGCUGCCGUCCAGGUCACUGCACAGAGACUGCCAAGCGUGCCUUGGUUGCGAAGGUGGAAAUGAUGCGGUUUAUCCAAAAGCGAGCCCAUUUCCCUAUGCCAGAAGUAUACGACUUCGAUGCCUCACCAGAAAACAUUUUGGGUACAUCGUACAUCGUUGAGAGUUUCAUCCCGGGAACCCUGGUCUCGGAUGCCUGGUUCGACAACUCAGGCACGAUGACAUUGGACCAGAAACGACUACGCAUACUAGACUGUGUUGCAGAGACCAUGGCAAAGCUGCACAGAUUUUGCUUCGACGGAAUUGGGGUGGGGACUGAUGUACAGUAUGCGGAGUAUGGCCCUUAUGAGUCAACCGUGGACUUUCUGCGCGAGCGUCUCUUGAUCUCGCCCGGGGGCACAGAAGAAGAAGGCCCGUUUGACGUUGGCUGCCUUAUAAUGCUGGAAAUGAUGAUCGGUUGUAUGCCAUUGUCAACAAGCCAAAAAGAGGAGACGGAUGAGACUUUCGUGCUUGCAGUGCCGCAGUUCGACUCCGUGAACAUUCGUAUCGAUGAGCAGUGUAACGUGAGUGGAAUCAUUGACUGGGAUGGGGUGCAGACCAUGCCACGGUUCCUAGGCUACGCUACAUUUCCUAAGUGGAUUAUGAGGGAUAUGGACCCAGUAGAGCGUGGAUGGUCUUUGGAAUCUCAAGAGGAUUCGGCGGAGCAGCUGAGAUGGUACCGGCUGCUAUAUAAUCGCAAGAUGCAGGGCCUUCUCAAUGGGGUUGGAGAUGCGAGAUUUGUGAAUAAAACGCACAUAUUCGCGUCGAUCUUGCUUGCAAUCGACAAUCCCGCGGCCCGAAAGGAAAUCGUUCGGACGCUAGUUGGAAAGGUAUAUCCGGCGAAACUGGAAAAGGCAACGCGUUUGAUCGAAGAUGCAGGCAAUGGGGAACUCUUGCGGCAGGAUAAAGAGCGAUUGCUGGGAGGCUUUGAGCUGCUUUUUUCAAUUUCACGUUAA